AUGUAAUCUAUGACGUCAUAUAAACAUUGUCGCCCUAGAAACGUUAGAAAGACAUCUCCUCGAAGGAGGAUGGAAACGGGCAGGAAACACUGAUUACAGAAUCUGACAGGAGGAACGAAAUCUACAGGAUGAGGAAGGGAACGGUUCAAACAGACUCCAAUGAGGAGCUGGGGGAGGAGGCGACACAGACUCUGGAACUCGCCAAACUACAGCGACAACUCCGAGUAAUGGAGGGUGAUCGUCGGGCCUACGCCGAGGAGUCAAACAACAUCCUACGAAAGAAAAUGUCGGAAAAAGAGGCACUUGUGUCUGAAAAUGAGGAGAUUCGCACGGUCUUGCGUCUGGCUCAGAGCGAAAAAAACGAAAAUAUGGACACUGAAAAUACAAAUCGGUUAAUGGAGCUUCUUGACAACCUCGACUCAUUCAAUAAUCAGGCAGAACAGGAGGUGAAGCGGAUCGCGGAACUGGAUGCGGAAGUUGCACGUGUAGAAGAGGAAAUAACUAAACAUCGGCGCACGCAAGGCGGAAAUACGGAGCAGGUGGUCGAGACGACUAUACAGAAGAAAAUCAUGGUCAAGGAAAAUAGGCUUGACAAGGCCAUGGUCAAGUUCAACCAGCAGCUUGCAGUCAAUGCCCACCUCCGUCAGGAGAUUGACCACCUCCGCCAGGAACGGUCAGUUUUUGACGGACUCUUCAAAAAACUCACCAAUGACCUCAGCGACAUUAAGGCUCAGAUGGAUGAGGUCAUUGCGGAGGCUGCGCGCGCAUACGAAGAGCGGGACGAGGCACAGAACAAGAUGAUCGCUCUCAAGGAGCGGAGCGAGAAAGACAUGGCGCAACACGAGGUCGAAAUGAAGGACCUACAGCGUAUUAUCAACCAUGACAACAAGCUCAAACAGUUCCUCGUCUUCAAGGCGCAUGACCGCGCAGAGUUCAAGGAAGAGGAAGAGGCAAAGAAAAACAAAAAUGCCCGAGACAAAGAUACGGACGCUGAACGGGAGCAGAUUAGCGUGUACGAGGAAGCGUUUGAGCGUAUAAAGGAGACUACCGAUAAACAAGACAUCUCCGUUAUUGUCGACGAUUUCAUCGCCUGUGAGGACGAAAACUUCGCACUCUUCAACUACGUCAACGAGAUGAACGAAGAGGUAGAGGGGCUGCACGAGGAAAUCCGACAGACGAAAGCAGAGAUGGAGAGGUUCGAGAUUGAGGAUAUCGAAAUGAUGGAAUGCAACAAAACUACGUUACUGGACCUUCAGUCGAAGUCCGCUCGAGUGACUGCCGAAACUGAGGUUGCACAGACGAAGAUAGACGUCAUUAAGGGCGUGCUGGAUGAACUCCGAAGUGGUGUCGCGUCACUGUUCGAUACGAUUCACUGUGACCCGAGCACUAUCAAGUCUUUGUUGGGAAGCGAGGAGGCGAUCUCAGACAAAAACAUCCUCCACUACAUGGGCAUCAUGGAACAGAGGACCAUGGAGAUGUUACAGAUACAGCAGUAUCUUCACCUCAAGCAAAAUCCGCCGAAACCGGAGAAGAAGGACAAGAAGGGACAGGAAGCCCCGCCAAUCACACAGUUCAUCCGAACUGAUAUCCCUCCUCCCAUCUCUAUACAGACACCAGCCUCUGCGGAUGACGAUGACCUGUCGGAUAUAAUAGUAGUCCAAGAUGAAGGCGAUAUUCGACCUUUGACCCACGAGGAGCUCCGCGCCAUGGCAAAACGAAACAUCACCAAGAAGGCAGCCCUCAGCAGUGCAAGAACCAAUAAUAUACGCCGGAGCAAGUCGCCCCGCCCACCUUGAUAUUGACUCCGCCCAUCUUAAUUUGACCACACAUACUACCUUAAGUGAAUGAAAAAAUAAAAGCUCAACUAAUUA